AUGUCUUCGCUGCCGUUGAAGAGAAGCCGCAAAUUGACGAAUCGGGCCAACAAGAAGCUGAAGGAGUUAUUUUCCGAGCACCAUCGCGAAGAAGCAGAAGUGCCGGGAACGAGCCGGAUGGUGCCUCAACAUAGCGAUUCAACGUCGCAGGGAGCCAAUCAACCCCAGGAGAUAGAAGAUUCGUCGCAGCCUGCAAACCCGGCCGUCACAAGCGAAAUUAGUUUUAAUCUUUCUGGUGGUGGUGUUCAUGGGGAUGCAGUUUUAGAUGACUUAGAUGAUAGUUAUAGCGUAGAUCAAGAAGGUGGUGGGAAUAUUAGUUUAGAUAGUAGUUUAGAAAUUGUCGAAGAGGACGAUUACGCGAGUAACCUUUCCUCUGAUAGCGACAAUGAAGAUGUUGUUGGCGAAUGUACGACUGCUCAUAACUGUAGAAACCACCGCAAUAUUAGCGAUUGCUUAAAAGAUUGGGCAGUCGUACAUAACCAACCACGUUCAUCAAUUAAUGAAAUUUUGGCUAUUUUCAGACAAUGGACCGACCUUCCGCUUCCCAAGGAUUCACGUACGCUGUUAAAAACAUCAACCACCAUCAGCCAGGAGAUACGAACCGUUGAAGGGGGAGAGUUUUGGUACAAAGGAAUUGAGAAUAAGCUCAACAGCUACUUCCAGUCAACUGUUCCUCCAACGGACCAACUAACCAUCAUUUUGUCCACUGACGGGCUUCCCCUUCAUAAAGGUGCACCAACACAGCUGUGGCCCAUCCUAAUGAAAGUGGUAGAGCUCCCCCAAGCCCCAAUCAUGAUGAUUUCGAUGUUUUGCGGACCGGAAAAACCAACCAGCCUGCAAGUCUUUUUGAGGCCGUUGGUAGAAGAGCUGAAUGCGAUUCAACAGAGAGGAUUGCAGCUCUGCGAUAAAGUUGUGCAAUUGAAGCUUCGCGCUAUUGUUGCCGAUUCUCCAGCACGAGCGUUCAUUAAAGGUCUGUAUGAUACAAACAACAUUUAA